AUGUCAAUGACAAAUAUUAAUAAUGAACACGAACAAAUGAUUUCAGUACUUAAUCAACUUAUAGAUGAACGUGAAAUAUUAUCAAGAGAAAAUGAAUAUCUAAGAUCAAGAUUAAAUGAAUCUUUAUUAAUUGAAACAAUGAAUGAAAUGAGAAAAGAACGAAGUUUAUUAUUUAAAUUAUUAUCAAAUCUAACAACAAAACAUAACUAUGAUGAACAAGUACAUUAUAUAAAACAAGAUUUAAAAGAGAAUUAUAAUAAUUCUCUUCCUCCACCUUCUUAUCCGAUACUUAAUGAUAAAUCAUCAGUUAAGACAACUACUAAACAAGAUUCAAGUUUAGCUCGUCAUAAUCGUUCGACAAUAAUAAAUAAUGCUCAUGUUCAUCGAUUAAAACCGAAUAUUGAACAUCAUCAACAACAACAACAACAACCCAAAAUUAUGUACAAUACUGAACAUCGAAAAGAGAACUCAAUAAAUAAUCUCGCUAGACUAAUAUCACCGACAACUACUCAUUGGAAACCAUUUCAAACAAAUAAAAAAUUUGUUUUUUAUAAAAUACCUCAAACACAGGAAUUUAUCAAAUCUAUUCGAAAACAUGAUAUACAAUUAAAACAUAGUCAAAACUCACCAUUUCAACGUUAUCGUUCACAAUCAUUACAAAACCUAACAUAA